AUGGUUCAUUUGGCUACUACAUUAAUCCAUAGUGAUGACAAAAACAAUCGUGUGACCGAUGUUGCUCCACCAAUUAAUGUUUCUAGUACUUUUCGGUAUGAUAACAACAAUUUAAUUCCAGCUAAUGAAGUCGAUGAUUUUUUAGCAAGUAUUGAGCAAUCUCCAGUUUAUUCAAGAGAAUCUCAUCCAAAUAGUUCUCGGGUACAAAGUAUUCUUUCUGAUUUAUUGGGUGGUCAUGCAGUUAUUUAUAAUUCAGGUUGUUCUGCCUUCCAUGCAGUUAUGUGUCAUUAUAAUCCAAAGAGAUUUUUUAUGGAUGGGGGUUAUUUUGGUGUCCAUGCUAUUGCUGAUUUAAUAACUAGAAAUUAUGGUUUAGAACAGCAUUCUUUGGACGAAAUUGAAGAAUUUGCUCAACCUGGUGAUCUAGUUCAUUUGGAAUCACCUUUGAAUCCAUUUGGUACUGCCUCAGAUAUAAAAGCUCUUGCUGAUAGAGUUCAUUCUAAAGGUGCUAUCUUAUCAAUUGAUUCCACUUUGGCUCCUCCUCCUUUACAAAAUGUUUGGAACUUCGGAGCUGACAUAGUUUUACAUUCUGCUACUAAAUAUUUUGGUGGGCAUUCAGAUCUAUUAGCUGGUGUUCUAGCUGUUAAAACUAAAGAGCAAGCCAAUGAAUUGAUUGAAGAUAGAAUCCACUUAGGUACAAAUAUUGGUAAUUUAGAAAGUUAUUUGUUAUUGAGAUCUUUAAGAACUUAUGAAAUGAGAAUUAUGAAACAAUCUGACAAUGCAACAAAGAUUGUUAAAUAUUUACAUAAUCAUAAAGAAUCAUUGAAAGGUUCAUUGAAAGAAAUUUUUCAUACCUCUUUACAAAACGAAUCUUUUAUUAAUAAGCAAUUAUCUGGUGGCCAUGGUGCUGUAUUUUCUAUUAUUUUAAAUAGCAUUAAUCAAUGUAAGAAAUUACCACUGCAUUUAAAAUAUUUCCAACAUGCUACAUCCUUGGGUGGUAUUGAAUCAUUAAUCGAAUGGAGAGCCAUGAGUGAUGAUAAAAUUGAUCAAUGCCUAAUUAGAGUUUCAGUAGGUUGCGAAAAUGUUGAAGAUUUGAUUAAAGAUCUCGAAAAUGCUUUAUUAACUGUUGCAAAACAAUCUUAA